GUCCAAGGCCUUAAAUGGAAAUUCCGUCGUGUUUCUUCGUGUAGGUCUCGUCGUGACGUGUUUGUCGAAUGGUCAACAAAAACUCUCACUCUCUAAAAUUUACAGACAAAGAAAUACAGGAGAAAGGAGUGAAGCUCCUGAACGAUCGGUGGUAUUGAUCGACAUUCAACGUACCUGUGAAUCCAAUUCCGCGCCCAAAACACACAAACCCAACAAAAAUUUUCCAUCACUUUCUCGGGAAAAUCUCAUCCAACUCGGCGCACGGUGCAUCUCAGCCUCCGACUGUAGGGGCGGAGCUGAGCAGUCAGAGCGAAACCCUAAGGCGGCGGCGACGGUGAUCGGAUCGAGCAUGUGGUCCAAGUCUCUACCGUACUCCAAGAAAGAUGUCUACUACGACAACGCCAAGUUCCGCCAUCGCUCCUUGGUCAAGAUGAUAUCUCAGUCCUUACACACCAGUAACGUAAAGCAUCACUGUAUGAGUUGUAGCACAGGAAAGUUUCUAUUUUUAAUAAUGAUAUUUGGUGUAGCAUAUCUUAUGCUGACACGCACAAGUCCCACAAAUUCUGUUACUGGCGGAUUUGUGAAGGGUAGUAAGAACAAUUCAGUUGAGCACAUUACGGGCGGUGGCAUUAGAUUUGGAAAUAUUUUCAGAAAACCACCAAGACUUCCUCCUCAAUUACCACCUGAUGAAAAAGGUAGCAACGGUAACCUUGGUGAUGAGCGUAGGAAGUUAAAUUCUGACCCAAAAUGGAUAGCUAGGCAACAGGAUGUUAAGAAGGCUUUUAUUCAUGCAUGGUCUGGCUAUAAAAAGUAUGCAAUGGGUUUUGAUGAGUUGAUGCCCGUGAGCAAGCAUGGAGUUGAUGGGUUAGGUGGUCUAGGUGCAACUGUUGUGGAUGCCCUUGAUACUGCCAUGAUAAUGGGUGCUGAUGAAGUUGUUUCUGAAGCAAGCUUAUGGAUUGAAACACACCUUUCAAAUAGGAUUAAUCAGACGGGACAAGUUAAUUUAUUUGAAACUACAAUACGUGUUUUGGGUGGUCUUUUAAGUGCAUAUCAUCUUAGUUCUGUGGAAAAUGGGAUGGACUCAACACAUAAAGGACCUAAACCAGUUGUUUAUCUGGAAACUGCUAAAAACUUAGCUGAUCGUCUACUAUCUGGUUUUACUUCCAGUCCAACUGCUAUUCCCUUUGGUGAUGUUGUUCUUCGCGACCCUUCAGCGCAUCCAGCUCCUGAUGGUCGUAGUAGUACUUCAGAAGUUUCUUCUUUACAGCUUGAAUUCAAUUAUCUAAGUUCAGUUUCUGGUGAUCCAAAGUACAGUGUGGAAGCUAUGAAGGUCUUGGAACACAUGAAGACUCUACCAAAGGUGGAAGGACUGGUUCCUAUCUUUAUAAACCCUAGCACUGGUGAAUUUAGUGGAGAAAAUAUAAGACUGGGAUCUCGCGGUGACAGCUACUAUGAGUACCUACUGAAAGUUUGGCUUCAGAAAAAUCAAGAAAGUAAUGUUACAUACCUCUAUGAUAUGUAUGAGGAAGCAAUGAAGGGUGUUAGGCACCUUCUUGUUCGGAAAUCAAUCCCAAAUGGAUUGGUUUUUGUAGGGGAAUUGCCUUAUGGAUCCGAGGGUUCUUUUAGUCCCAAAAUGGAUCACCUGGUAUGUUUUUUGCCCGGUACUCUUGCACUUGGUGCCACGAAAGGCAUUACCAAGAAAAAAGCAAUGACAGAUAGUGUGAUUAACUUUGAGGACUUAAAAAAUUUGAAACUUGCAGAAGAUCUGGCUAAAACAUGCUUUGAGAUGUAUUCAGUAACCUCUACCGGUCUUGCUCCAGAAAUUGCUUACUUCCAUACAGAGGAAUUUUCUGAAGGAGGUCUUGAUGGUGGUAACAAGAGUUCUGAAUAUGUGAAUGACAUAAUCAUCAAACCUGCUGAUCGUCAUAAUCUCUUGCGUCCUGAAACUGUGGAAUCAUUGUUUGUCUUGUACCGCAUCACAGAGAAUCCAAAAUAUCGUGAAUGGGGUUGGCAGAUUUUUGAAGCAUUUGAGAAAUAUACAAGAAUUGAUACCGGUGGAUACUGUUCUUUGGAUGACGUAACUUCAGUUCCUCCUCAUAAAAGAGACAAAAUGGAGACGUUCUUUUUGGGCGAGACACUGAAGUAUUUGUACUUGCUGUUUGGAGAUAGUGGCGUCCUUCCAUUGGAUAAAUUUGUUUUUAACACAGAAGCUCAUCCUAUUCCAGUAGAAGGCACUACCAAGAGGGGAUAAAAUUUUGUUGCACUAAAGCAUCAAUUCAAAGGAAAAGGAAGCAAAGCAUGUAUGGACAAAUUAUAUGGUAGCAGAUGUGAACUUGAAUGCUCCUUCCGGACUUGCUCAUACAUAUUUACAGAGUAUAUCUGAUUCCAGAAGACAGUAAAUACCCUGGCUGAAGUUAGAGGCGGCUUAAUUUGUUUCUCUUCUUGUGCAAUUCAUUACGUGACAAACCUACCGGACGGAGAGUUUUUCCAGACACCCCUGUGUGCUUGGGGGUGCACCAGAUAAUGACAAGAUUGUAAUAUGUACUAAUUGCUAUUUUACAA